AUGAGUAACAAUAAUAAUAAUAAUAAUAAUAAUAAUAAUAAUAAUAAUAAUAAUAAUAAUAAUAAUAAUAACCCUAAUAAUAAUAAUAAUAUUAAUAUAAAUGUAGAUCAUAGUUAUGAUGAUGUUGAUUUUAAUAAUAAAGAUCCAUUAUUUUUUUCAAGUGGUAAUGAAUAUAUGUAUAGAGCAGAUGAAGAUGAUUUAGAAUAUGAUGAUGAUGAGGAUACAAAUGAUGGUGGUGGUGGUGGUGGUGGUGGUAGUGGUAAUGGUGGUAAAAAGAAAAAGAAAAAAAAGGAAUUUUUAAUUGAUGGAUUUGAUGAGAAUUCUGAAUCAUUAGUUAGAUCAAAAGAUAGUGAUACAAUUGGUUAUAGAAUAAGGAAUAGAUUAGAAUAUUUAGAGAAAGGAACAAAGAUAAUCAUAUUUGUUGGUCUAAUUACAUUGACGGUUGUAUUAUGUUCAAUUGGGUUAUAUUUCUAUGCAAAAGAUCAUAAAUCACCAUUAGUAAAUUACAUUCAUCCAACACCAGUUAUCGUUAUAUCAUUGGAUGGAUUUAGAUGGGAUUACUUAAAUCGUGGCUUAACACCAAAUAUAAAGAAACUCAUUGAGGAUGGGUCAUAUCAUGCCAACUACACGAUACCACAAUUCCCAAGUAAAACAUUCCCCAACCAUUAUUCAAUUGCAACUGGUCUUUAUCCAGAGAAUCAUGGUAUCAUCUCCAAUCAUAUGUACGACCCAAUAUUGAAUAAAACAUUUGAUAUCAAUAAAGCAUCUGUAACCGAUUCAGAAUGGUAUUGGGGUGAGCCAAUUUGGGUGACAUCUGAAAUACAUGGUAUUAAGAGUGCUUGUUACUUUUGGCCUGGCUGUGGUGUCAUGAUAAAAGACCGUUUCCCAACCUAUAAUAAAUUACCUUUUACAAUGGAUAUUAGUGCUAAAACCGUUUUCGAUACUGUUUUCAAAUGGGCUCAAUUAGAUGCAUCUGAAAAACCCUAUUUAUCAAUGGCAUACGUUCAUGAAGUCGAUGACGCUGGUCAUAUCUAUGGUCCAGAUUCUCAACAAGUUAAUGAUGCAAUUGCAUAUUUAGACACUCAAAUAGGUUCAUUAAUCGAUCAAUUAAAAUCUACAAAUCAAUAUAAUUCAACAAAUUUAAUCAUUCUCUCUGAUCAUGGUAUGGCAAGUGUUCCAAAGAAUCAAUCAAUUUAUUUAGAUGAUUUAACAAAUGAUCCAUCAUUUUCAACAAAAUGUUAUAUUCGUGAUAUGUCUCCAAUUUUAUCAAUUUUUCCAAUUGUUGGUGGUUUGAGUAUUGAUGAAAUUUAUAAAUCAUUAACAGCAAAUAGUGAUAUAAAUAUUAAAAUUUAUAAAAAAGAAGAUUUACCAAAAGAAUUAUUUUUUAGUUUAAAUGAAAAUAAAAGAAUUGCACCAAUUAUUGGUAUUGUUAAUUUAGGUUAUACACUUGUUCAAAGUAAAAGUACACCAACUACUUCAUGGGAAUUAGGUAAUCAUGGUUUUAAUCCAAGUUUUGAACAAAUGAAAUCAAUUUUCAUUGGUCAUGGUCCAAAUAUUAAAUCAUUACCAAUCGAUGAUCAAAAUUUACCACCAUUUAAAAAUAUUGAAAUUUAUAAUUUCAUUUCAACUUUAUUAAAUAUAAAAUCACCUUCUCCAAAUAAUGGCACAACUUUAUUAACUGAUAAACUUUAUUUAAAAUAA